ACAUUCUCGCCCCUCGUCGUUUUACCUUCCCUCCCUCCCACGGGCUGCACGCACGCUGCCUCGCUCCGACCGACCGCCACAUCGCCCCCUUUCUCUCUCCCUCCCUCCCUCCCUCCGCAUCUCCAUCUCUCUCCGCGUUGCUCUGCUGCCACCCGCUUCACCGGCGCGCUGCCGGGGGCUCCUGGGCCUUAGCUAGCUCCUCCUCCCCUCGAUGCGGCGCCCGGCGCCGAGCUGCUGCUGCUGCUCCUCGCACUCCAGAGGCGCCGGAGGCGACCUCCCCCGACGCCCGGCCUAGCGUCCUCGAGCUCCUACCGGAGAGAGAUCCGGGGUUUCUCGCAUUUAGAGGGGUCGUGUGACCCCGCGGGACCCAAAGUGGAUCCGCUCUGGCGGAGAUGGAGUCAGGGAGCGCGUUCUAUGCGGCUGAAGGUCUCCACAUUGAUCCCAUCUGGCUCAUCGACCCAAAGCUUCUCUUUGUUGGGCCACGCAUCGGCGAGGGUGGGCAUGCAAAGGUCUAUGAGGGGAAGUACAAGAACCAAAAUGUUGCCAUCAAGAUUGUGCACAAGGGGGACACCCCUGAGGAGGUGGUCAAGAGGCAGGGUAGGUUCUUGAGAGAGGUGACUAUGCUGUCAAGGGUGCAGCACAAGAACCUUGUGAAGUUUAUUGGGGCUUGCCUAGAGCCUGUCAUGGUGGUGGUGACUGAGCUAUUAGUGGGAGGCUCUUUGCGGAAGUAUUUGGUCAGCUUACGGCCUAGGAACCUGGAGCCGCGUACAGCAGUGGGAUUUGCAUUAGACAUUGCUCGAGCCAUGGAAUGUUUGCAUGCUCACGGGAUCAUUCAUCGUGAUCUCAAGCCUGAGAACCUUCUGCUGACCGCAGACCAGAGAACAGUUAAACUCGUCGACCUUGGUUUAGCAAGAGAAGAGACGUUGACAGAGAUGAUGACUGCGGAAACUGGAACUUACCGUUGGAUGGCUCCAGAGUUGUACAGCACAGUCACAUUGAGGCAUGGAGAAAAGAAGCACUACAACCAUAAAGUAGAUGUUUACAGCUUUGCGAUUGUUUUAUGGGAACUACUUCACAAUAGACUUCCCUUUGAGGGCAUGUCUAAUCUGCAAGCUGCGUAUGCUGCCGCUUUCAAGAACAUUAGGCCAAGUGCAGAUAAUUUGCCUGAGGAGCUGUCAGAAAUCCUAACAUCCUGCUGGAAGGAAGACCCAAACGAGAGACCAAACUUCACCCAGAUAGUACAAAUGCUUCUCCAUUACCUCUCUACCCUUUCACCGCCAGAACAUAUGGCGCCCGCUCGCACAUUCAGUUCGGAGAAUGCAAUCUUACCUCCCGAAUCCCCUGGGACAAGCUCACUAAUGGCAUCUCGAGGUGAUAUCACACCUAAAGGCAAUGUGGAAGACAAGCCGAAGGGCUUCUUUUUCUGCUUCAGCCAGUGCUAUUAGCCGCACCAGACGGAGCAAGGGAACUCCCAAGACGAUGCAAAAUAUCAAAAGAACAUCACAACAGAACGCUCUGCAACUCGGACCGCAGCUCAGCACACCAAUAGUCAAUACCCCAAGCAUGGCAGUGCAGUCCCUGUAGAACAGUUCUUUCUGGUAAUCAGGGCACCCCUGCAUCUCCAACAUGAUUCAAUAUAUCGGCAGGGUAAAUCCGAGUAACCUUUUGACUCCUGCUAGUAACUGAAAAUAGUUAUAUCGUAUAUUUUCGAUGAACCGUGGACCAUAAGGUUGUUCCUUGUCUAAAUUGCCCGCCCAUCGUAUAGUAAUAAUCGGCAUUGAUCAGUUACUCUCUUAGUCUCUUGCAAAGGAUAUUGCAGGCUUUGUUCCUUCCAUGUAUAGAUCUUCCUUCUUUGUGCAUCA